AUGGAGCUGGGGCUGAGCCUGGGCGAGGCGCCAGUGCCGGACGCCGCCGGGAGGGCGCUGCCGGAGCUGGGCCUCGGGCUUGGGGUCGGGAUUGGAGCCAGCGCCACCGGAACCGGAAGAGGGGGUGAGGAGGGCGGGAGGGGAAUAAGCAGGGCAGCGGGGACGGGAACGGGGUGGUGGGCGGCGGCGCCGGCCACACCGGAGCCGGCGGUGCGGCUCAGCCUCGUGUCCAGCAGCCUCGGCCUUCAGUGGCCGCCUUCGGACGCCGGCAUCUGUCAUGCAGGCCGUGGCGAGGCGCCGGCGGCGCGCGGGUUCGACGUGAACCGGGCGCCGUCGUCGGUGGCUGCGCUGGAGGACGACGAGGAGGACCCGGGCGCGGCGGCGGCCCUGUCCUCGUCGCCCAACGACGACAGCGCGGGCUCCUUCCCGCUGGACCUGGGUGGCGGCAUACGUGCCCACGCCGAGGGCGGCGGCGGGGCGCAGGCCGGCGGCUGCGGCGGCGGCGGCGAGCGGUCGUCGUCUCGCGCGAGCGAUGAGGACGAGGGCGCGUCCGCGCGCAAGAAGCUGCGACUCUCCAAGGAGCAGUCCGCGUUCCUGGAGGAGAGCUUCAAGGAGCACAGCACCCUCAACCCUAAGCAUAAGGCGGCGCUGGCGAAGCAGCUCAACCUCCGGCCGCGACAGGUGGAAGUCUGGUUCCAGAACCGCCGAGCCAGGACGAAGCUGAAGCAGACGGAGGUGGACUGCGAGUACCUGAAGCGCUGCUGCGAGACGCUGACGGAGGAGAACCGGCGGCUGCACAAGGAGCUGGCGGAGCUGCGCGCGCUCAAGACGGCGCGGCCCUUCUUCAUGCGCCUCCCGGCCACCACCCUCUCCAUGUGCCCCUCCUGCGAGCGCGUCGCCUCCGGCCCCAAUCCUGCCUCCACCUCGGCACCACCUGCAUCAUCAUCCACGCCGCCUGCCACAGCCACAGCCGCCUCCUACGCCGCCGCCGUCGCCGCACCCGUCGUGCGAGGCGAGCACCGGCCCUCGUCGUUCGCCGCGCUGUUCGCGGCGACCCGCAGCUUCCCGCUGGCAUCCCAGCCGCGGCCGCCGGCGCCGGCCAGCAACUGCUUGUAA